GCUCCAUCAGCAUCGGUGCACGGCGCGUCUCACUGGAUGCGGGUUGAGUGGAGAACCGCUGGCUUGGGGCUGGCGAAAGUAAGCUAAUGUGCAAAUUAAAUGAGACUACUCCACCCCAGGUUCUAGUAGAACAGUGCCUGAUAGAAAUUGCUAAGAACUACAAUGUGCCAUAUAAAUCCAAGGCAACCAUUAUGAAUGAUUCCAGUAAGAAGAGUGAUUUGCCUCCUUCACUGGUUCCUAGUUCAGGACUCAAUCUCCUGACUUCUCCAAAGCCAGAAUCAAGAUCCAAGAUCGGUUUUGAUAACUUUAUGCUGCCUGAUUUGCCUAAUGUAAAACCUCAAGCAAGCCUAUCCAUUGACCCUUAUGGUUCUGAGGAAGUUGAUUUUGAAGAUCUUAACCGGAGACUUGAAAUGCUCAAGAAAACCACAUAAUUCCUUGGUCUUGGAUUGAGUACUUAAUUGCCUGGGAAUCAGGGCUCUUCAGCACAAAUUCUAAUGUGGCUACUUGUGUGUGGGUCUGAAGUUUUCUCAUUUACAACCCCUUCCAUCUUUGAAAGUCUAUGGUUCUCUGUUUGUAAUAAUGUGUGCGUACGUGUAUGUGCA